UAACCACUUAUAUUUUGUUUAAGGUUUAAGUAUUGGAAGAGUAUUAUUAUUUAGUAUUAUAAGAGUAUUGUAACCAGAAAUGAAAUAAUAAGACAGUAAAAAAAAAAAACUGUGAGCUUUUGUAUAAUAUUUGACAAUAUUAUUCCAAACAACAACAGUCGACAGCUGCGAAAACAUUACGAUUCACGUGACGUCCUCCUACUACUGACCGCCAGCCUUCAUGGCCAUAUUUUCGUUGCCGAACACGACGGACAAAGCCACAAAGGUUCGUGACGUUCUAUAACAAUCGUAAGACGAAUUUCAUAAUUAUGUCUUGACCUUCCGCACUUACAAGUUACAACGCGUGCAAAACUUACGCAACUUUAUUAUAAUUAAAAUUUCGAAUUGAUUAAUUAAUAAUUUUUAAAUAUUAAUUGUUUUAAAACAUUCGCAAUAACAAAUACUACAGAUCUAUAGUAUUUGGUAAUAAUUACUGGUAGUCGCGGCGUGUGAUAAUAAGAAACACAAAGUGUGAUAACGUUUUUGCUAUUACGAAUGUUCUCACUAACGACACAAACGGACCAAACGUUUUUUAUGGACAUCGAUGUCCUCGAAUUGAAUAGAGGACAUCGUUUGGUGGAUAUCAAGUAAAAACGAAGCAGUUUAAAAAUGCGUAUGGCCAAGUAGGUGGUGGUUUGAAUUGUACUUACCGUGAUGAUCUAUCAUAAUGUAAUUUGAACAGAUUAAUAUUACCAUCGAGAUUUGUCUGUUGAAUACCCCGAAAAACGAUUUCUACUAAUUUUAUAAUGCUGUUCAUCCUUUGGCUAUUGGCUACCACCGUCACCGCCAAGUCCUCGACCAAAUAUCCGGUCAUCUUGGGUGAGUAAUAGUGUAAUAUCUACUCGGCUAGUUAUCACCAAUUGAUUUAUUAAUUGUACGGUUUGCUAAUUUAGUAUGCACCCUACAAUUCUACGGGUUUUUGUCUUGCUCUCAGUCUACUUUUGGUAAGGGGUAAUUUCAGAGCCACUAUUGUUAGUGGGAAAUUGGAAAGGUAGUAGAAGGAAAAUAAAAUGUAUAUUUGUACGCAACAAUUAACCAUUGCUAACAAAAAAACGAUUCUGAUCGGAGUUCAGUUGACAGUGUAGUUUUUUCAACAAUAUAUAUGUUAUUUUGUGGUAAAAUGAUUACAAAUGCAUUAUACAUUUUCUUUAAUAAUAAUUGUUUAAUAUUGUAUCUAUUUUCAGAUUUUUCCCCGGUUUUCCUUAUUAAUGGGAAAACUCCUGAGUAAAUAAAAACAAGUUUUGCCUAAAGUACCAUGUAGAUAUGUCUGAGCAAGAUUUCUGGUAGAAAACUUUGAUAAAUGUCUAAAAAAGGCAUUUAUUUUGUGUCUAAAUUUUAAGUCCAUAAAGUUCAUACAAAUAUUUGUAAAAAUUUCCUAAAAAAAGCCUCAAUUUCUAAUCAAUAUGUCUAAUUUUUCCUCAUAACUUGACUGAAAUUUAUGCAUUUCAACAUUAGAUUACUCAUUUUUUUUUCUUUUAAGCCAAUGGGAGGUGUAUAUAACCCCUGACUUUCCCCCAACACACUGGGUAUGAACUAUAAAGUAUUGUGUGCAUAUACCUUUGUUUUAUAUAAAUAAAUUUAAAUUGUUGACUAAUAUCUUUGACCAUGCAUAAAUAGAAGAAAGUGAAAAUAUUUUAUCUAUACUUAUCAUAUUUUAAUGUAGAUACAUUUAUAUCUCUUACUUAUUUACAUUAAGUAUAUAGUUACAGUAGGUAUGACAUUUUAACUUGAACCAAAAUUUUAAAAUAUCGUCUAAAUAAAAAUUAAUUUACAGAAAAUGUAUUUUCAAGAACCCAAAAGCAUAAUAAUUAAUAAGGUUUCAUCAACAUAGCAAAUAGUGUUGUUUAUGUUCAAAAUGUGAUAGAAUAUUGCAAACUUGGAUUUUUACAGAUAUAUUUUUAAAAUAUAUUGAUAUGUGAUAUAUAUCAAUAUUAUAUAUAUACUUAAAAUAGGUAGUACUAUAAUUCAUGAUUAGGUACUUAUUCAUUAGGUAAUGACCAUGUAAGUAAUAGGUAAUGGUCAUUAUUCAAUGACCAGGAGUUUUUACUGCCAAGUAUCAAUGGUUUAAGUGUUUUUUAAUUAAUUCAAGUAUCAAAUAAAAAAUUAAAAAAUAAACUAAACUUUUUUUUUUCAGUUCCAGGAGAUGGAGGUAGUCGUAUUGAUGCAAAAUUGAACAAGACUAAUGUUGUUCAUUAUUUAUGUGAUAAAAAAACCACGGAUUAUUCAAACAUUUGGUUGAAUCUCGAAUUGUUAAUGCCAUACAUAAUAGAUUGUUUGGUAAGUACCUAUUAAAUUUGAAAUUUUAUGCAAUAUAUAUUAACUGGUUCAUAAUCUUGUCUAAUAAUCUAAUGAUAUAUAGAUAGAUAAUAUGAGGCUGGAAUAUGACAACAUCACUCGUACUACUCAUAGUCCUUUAGGCGUAGAUAUUAGAAUACCCGGAUGGGGAAAUUCGUCAGCUGUUGAAUACAUUGAUCCUAGUUUGUCUACAUUUGGUGCUUAUUUCAAGAGCAUUAGUGACAUACUAGUUGGUUCUGGUCUGGAAAGAGAAGUUUCUAUUCGUGGAGCGCCUUACGAUUUUCGAAAAGCUCCUAGUAAGAAACAAAAAUGGAAUACAAUAGCUAUUUAUUAUGUACCUAUUAAUAAAUUAUUGAUUUUAUCCACAUAGAUGAAAACUCAGAAUUUUUUGUAAAUCUAAAAAUCUUGACAGAAGAAACAUACUUUCAAAAUAACAACACACCUGUAGUAUUCAUUGUGCACAGCAUGGGUGGUUGUAUGACUUUGAAAUUUCUGCAAGCACAAUCUCAACAAUGGAAAGACAAAUAUGUCAGAGCAUUGGUUUCAUUAGCAGGUGUUUGGGGUGGUGCUAUCAAAGCACUAAAAGUUUUUGCCGUAGGUAUGCUAAAAGAACAAUAUAUGUUUAUAUAAAACCAGAAAGAAAAAAGUGGUUUGAAAUUUUAUGUAAUUUUUAUUUUUAACAGGUGAUGACCUAGGAGUUUAUGUACUCAGUGGUAGUGUUCUUAAAACUGAACAAAUUACUUCUCCAAGUUUAGCAUGGCUUUUGCCUUCUCCAUAUUUCUGGAAGCCAAAUGAAGUAUUAAUAGAAACUGAUACAAAAAACUUUACAGUAGGGGAUUUUAAAUCAUUUUUUGAGUGAGUAUUUUAAUCUAUAAAGUUGAUUGAAUAUCAAAGACUACUAGAGGUGGGAACUUUUGGUCAUUUGAAUGAGUCAAGUGAUUUAGUAAUUUCUGUCAUUUUGUUUCUUAAUUCAAUAUUACUCUUAUCAUUAAGUGAAUCUAUUUUCUUUUAAAUCACUUAUCAGCAUGGCUAUAGAUAUAAUGACUGGUAAAAGGCAAAAAGGGUUAAGUGACAGUUUUAUUACUUUUCAGGAGGCAGAAACAAAAUUUAUAUUUGCUCUUUAACUUCAGUAUUUAUUUAAGCUUUAGAAAUGAAGAUAUUGUAUAUUUUAAUUCUAUUUUAUAUUACUUUAAUGGCUUGAUACUAGUUAUUUUAAAAAUGUUAACUUUUAAACACAAUGCACUUUGGUUAAAACCUACCAUUUUUUGUCGCUUAGCACUGAUUUUUUUUUUUUGUAGUGUGCUUGUACCCUUAUUUUAAUUUGCUGUAAUAAUAAUAUUUUUAUUUUGAAUAAAUACUUAGGUCUAUUGAUUAUAUUUUGUAAGUAUGUUAUUAUAAAAAAAAAAAAAAAAAUAGAACACGUUUAUUGACAAAACUAUUUAAAAUUUAGAGUAUCAAAUUAAAAUAAUAAAAUAAAUGUGGUUUAUAAUAUUUUGACCUUCCAUUUAUAGUUCAUAAACUAUUACUAUUAUAUAUUGAAGUUUUCAUGAUGAUGAUUCAUCAACCCAAUCAACAAAUUAUAAUGAUAUUGUCAUAAAAGUAAAGUUAUGCAAUAACUACCAAAUUUAUUUAUCUUAUGUAUAAAAUCAUAAUCCAUUGAUCAUGAAUAAUAUAAACUGCCAUUUUUAAAUGAGCAUACGAAAUUUGCAGGUAUAAAUCAAUUAAACUUCACAAAUACUAGAGGAAAAGGUAAAUAUAUUAUAAUUUAAUAAUAUGUUUACCUUUCCUUUUUUUUCAUUGUUUAGUCAGUCACCAUUCACCACGAAAAACAAAAAUAUUAUGACAGAUUUUACUCGAUACCUAUCUUAUAAUAAUUAUAAUAAUCAUGAUUGUUGCUCGGUGAAUACAAUUUUCAUUAGUGUCAUUUACAUCCAAGGUGCUUGAUCCCUACUUUUUUACAAUUCUUUCAAUAAUUGUCGCUAGUACCAAAAAAUAAAAAUUAAAUAUCUCAUUGCUAAAUGGUCCUAGAAACACUACCGAUCCUGUGAUCGAAUUCUUUGUGUCUGUUAUGUUAUAGUUAUCUGUCCCAUAGUAUACACCAUGCCGCUUAGCCUUUACAUAUUGCUUAGCUCCUUUUUCCUUAUACCAGUCUUAUUUGGUUGCAUGACUAUAUGUCACCAUAUGGAAAUGAGCAUGGACUGCAUUAAGAUCCAAAUUAAAAUUUGUUUUUAGUGAGUAACUCAGUAGGUAUAUGUCAGUGAUACACUCAAAAUAAGUUUCAUUCAAAAUCAAUGAAAGACCUAAAGAUCUAUUUGACUGCUUAAUUUUGAAAUCCACCCACCUCUAUAUUAUAUUAAUUUAAGACUUUAUUUAAUCAAUGACUGUAAUAAAAUAUAUGUGUAUACAUUUUAUCAAUGAUAUAUGAGUUCCAUACAGGAGUAUUAACUAUAUGACCGGCUAUGAAAUGUAUCAAGAUGUCAAAAAAUUUGUGGACUUUGGACCACCUAAUGUAGAAGUUCAUUGUUUACAUGGUGUUACUGUCCAAACAGUAGAAAAGUAUGUUUGUUCAGUUGUUUAAUUUGACAUUUGUUUUAGAUUCUGAGCAUAGGUAGGGUUCUAUUAAUUAACAAUAUUUAUGUGUGUGAACAACUUUUCUACUUGAAAUCUUUCUCUAAUCAAAAAAUAACAAGAGAUCUUUUUUGUUGCAUUUUGGAUCUAGUUUCUUUUUGUCUGUAAACUUUUCUAUAAAAAAUGUUGCUCUGAUGUUUGUAACACCAGAACAUUUUAACUAGUUGGUGCAUUAUAAAGGUCAUUUUUUGAUUUUCCAAAGGGUUAUCAUAAUAAUUUUAAUACAGACAAAAAGAAAUAUACAUAGUUUAACCAAAGUUGGUAUUAGUACGAUCUUAGUAGUGGAUCUUAUUUAGAAAAACAGAAGGCCAAAUUUACCAAAAGUCAAUUACUAUAUUUUUAUUAUAAAUCAAAACUCAACAGAAAACAGAGGACUCGAUUUAACUACCAGAUAACAUACAUAAACAAUGUUUACUCAGAAUAAGUAAAACUUGUUUAAUUUUGAUUUUAUAGUAAAAAUACAUAUUAUGAAAUUUAUAGAGAACAAUAUUUUGGAGGAAAUGUCAUAGAGUUUGUUUUAUUCAAAAUAUACAGCUCAAUAUAAAAGAUACAAAAACAUUUAUUUUUUUGCUUUUUUUUAAUAACUAUAGUUAUUUAAAUAGUACAUAAUUCAAAAAAACACAUGAUAUUCCCUCCAAAAUAUUGUUUUUUAUAAAUUUUAUAAUAGGUACUUUUACUCUAAAAUCAAAAUUAAGCUAGUUUAAGCAUCGCUUUUGUAUGUUACUCAGUAUUUAUUAGUUAUGGAAUUUAAAACGUAAUAUUCUAAUGGAAAAAUAUAAAAUAUUGGGUUAUCUCUUAGCAUUGAAAAAUGUUGAUCUAUGUCUCAUCUAUUUUCCUACUUAAUUAAUGACUGUCCUUCACCAGGGGGUGAUAGUGAUGUUUGCAAUUUUGGUUUCAUCCUCAUUUCUCCACUGUGUCUUAGAGCCCACAUUGAUCAUAUUACUGAAAGGUAAAUAAGGUGUCAGGUUUUAUAAAAAGAAUUCUUAAUGAAUUUAAAUUUUCUAUUGGUUUUUCUAUGAUGGGGAAGAUUUUUUGUUUAUAUUUUAUGAGUCUAUGAGUAACAUUUCUACCUGAAUACUUAUUUCAAUCAAAAUAUAUAAUAAGAAGAUACUUUUUUUUAUAGUAGGUGGACCAAGGUGUAUAAAUAAAAGUUUGAUUAUUUUAAAUUAUUUCUGAAAUAAAUUUUGUUAAGUUGGUAAAUAGGUAGGUAGGUCAUCUUUUAUUUUUCUGUGUAGUAUUUGUAAUGGAAUAACCAGAAAGUUUAAUAGCAUUAUAAUUGCUUAGUUAUUAUCCUUUUCUAAGUGUAGUCAAAUUGUAAAAUAUCCUGGCUAUUUUUGAGUUUUUAAAAUUUGAUUUGGUUUUGUAGGGAUAAAUUUAUUUUUGGCCAAAAAGAAAUGUUUGCAAAUUUAACACAAGUUUCUUAAGGUAAUUAAUGGUAAAAAAAAAACUGAAGUGUAAUAUAAUUUUUUUUUUUUGUUAGCAUUUUAAAUUCAAAUUUUAAUAAAUUGUAAAAAAAAAAAUAUGGUAUUUUUAAACAUUUUUAACAAAAUUCGCUCAGAAUCGUAUUUUAUUAGCAAUGAUUAAUCAUUGUUUACAUAUAUAAAUUAAAUAACUCUUCAACUUUCCUCCAACUUUCUAUUAGCAGUAUCAGCUCUUUUUAUUGUGUGGAAUUUUUUAUUUCCAGAAUGAUAUAUGGCCCCAAUCAAUUUCCAUAUAAAUAUCCCAAGUUGGUGUAUGGUAAUGGAGAUGGAACAGUCAACUUAAGGAGCCUUGAAGGCUGUAACUAUUGGAGAUCUAUGCAAAAGCAAAAAGUAUUUCAUCAAGUAUUUCCUAAUGCAGAUCAUAUGACAAUUCUAAGAGAUGAACGUGUAAUGGAUUACAUUGCCCAGCUCUUGAAAAAAUUGUAGUCUCUUCAUUGUUUUAAGUUAAAAUUAUUAGUUUUAAUAUCCUAUGUAAGUUGUAUAUGACAAUAUACAACUAUUAAUUUAUUGUGUUCAAUCAAAUAGGUAAUAUUAAGGUAGUCAAUAUUACCUGUAUAUAUUACUUGUCAAUAUUAUAACAUGUAUGUUCUUAAUUGUAUUAUAUUAAAUAUGAUGUUGAAUUACUUAUACAAAUCAAGUUAAAACUUUCUUGUUAGGUAC